AUUUAAAAGAUCAUUUGUCAGUGUAACACAUAAUUUUUAUAGCAUUCUUGUGGUUAAGAAGGAAAUCAUCAUGGUAUUUUCUUCAUGUUUAUCAGAAAUGGAAACGCUGACAAGAUAUUUCUAAAAGUCUUUUAGCAAACUCAAGAAUGGUGUGUUUAUAUAAAUCAAGCAGCUUUUUGGAAGUUCAUGCUCACAGUGAAUGUUUUGUAAAAUCAUAAUGUUUAAUCUUCUGUAAAUAACAUAAUUGUCAUUUGAGUAAGAAUAUUUGCCAGAGUGUAGUAAAAAUAUCCUGUAAUUGUAUACCAUUAAGAUUUGCAUUUAAAUUAAAUCUCCCUGUAGAAAAGGAGUGCAUCUUCCCCAGACACACAAAUUUAUUUGCAGUAGGGAAUUAACUUUCAGAAAGGUGAUUAGUUGUUUAGCCAGAUUUAUAGUAGUUUAAAAUUUGAAUACAUGAAGAGGUUUUUUGGUUUUGGGGUUGUUGUUGUUGUUUUGGUUUUUUUAAUUGUUUUUUUUUUAAUGUAUCCUUAACCUAGAAAUACCAGACACACUUGGGUAUGAACUUAUUUGCAGCAAUAAAGUUAGCUGAAAUUUUGGGCUAAUGUAAAAAAUCAUGCUACAGGCUAUUGCCUAAAAGGUUCUGUGUGUAGGGUUUUUACAGUUUAUUAGUAGAGUUGUAGUAUUCCAUGUAUACCACCAUGCCAGUUAAAUUUAUUUGCUGCUCGCUGAAUGCCUUCAGGCUCUAAGUUCUACUUAGAAGUGUUUCAUGCCUCACAAGAAGCCUUGGAGGUAUAAUAGAAAAUAGUUUAUAUUUUUUAUUCUCUAUACACAUAAUCUGAAACAAUACUUCUCAAAGAUUCAAACUGCCAUAACUAAUUUAUUUACCAAAUAUUUAGAGAAAAUGCCUGAAAAUACCUUAGAGAGUGUUUAUAGCACAAUGGCUAUAAUUUUGCUGUUCUUUCUGCCAGGACCAUGAGUAAGUGAAGAGAAUGCUGCUUUUGCAGGGCAUUAUAGCUUGGAUUUAGGACUUAAAAAUAGGCCUAAGCAUAUGCAUGGAACUGCAGGUUACCUUCUGCCAUCCUUCCAUAUGCUUCUGGGACAGACAAGAUCCAAGUGGUCUGUCAGUAGAUGUCCAAAGCAUGUGCUUACUUCUCUUUCUUCUAUUUCCAGGCUCAAUCACUAAACAGAAUUUAUUAUAUUCUAGCAAAGCACAUUAUUACCUCACGCUUGUGAGAAAGCAUGUGCAGAAACCUAAAUACAAACCUGCCUUUAGACCUUCAAUGCACCACUUAAUAUAACACUAAAACAAUUUAAUAAUUCAGUAUAAAUAUAUUUAUCCAAAACUUGAGACGAACAACUUGUCCUGAGCCCUGUGUUAUAUUGCAUAUGUUGUAGGAAAAAUGCAGCAGGUGUACAGUACUGACUUCCCCUUGUAGCACAGAAUAAAAGACUCUAAAACUCCUCAGGACUGUCAGUAGGAGUGCACUGAGAAGAGAAUAAACUUCAGCAGAGCUUUAUAAAAAGGCAGUUGGUAGCCUAUGUGAAAGAAACUUGGCAGUUUGGAAACUGGACCUUCUGGUUUGCUGCCUUUUCCUGUCUUUCCCUAAUGAAACACGUGGUUGGAUGAACGACACACCCAGUCUCACUCCAUCCCAGCUUUAUUCAGACCAUCUCCUCUUGAGAGAAUUAAAACAAAUGUAAUAAACCCUGCCUAUGCUAUAGAACCUGGUCAGACAGAGAGCUCAUUGCACAUGGGUUAUACUGCCCUGGAAAUAAAGAGUAAAAUGCUGGCAUUGGAGAAAGCAGAUAUGUGUAUCUAUAAUCCUUUGUUUGGAUCUGACCUUCAGUAUACCAAUAGGGUUGACAAGGUGGUAAUAAAUCCAUACUUUGGCCUUGGAGCCCCAGACUAUUCAAAGAUUCAGAUUCCUAAAAGAGAAAAGUGGCAACGUAGCAUGAGCAGUGUCACAGAGGACAAGGAACACCAGUGGGUAGAUGAUUUCCCUCUUCACCGCAGUGCUUGUGAAGGAGACUCUGAUUUACUAAGCCACCUUCUGGAUAAAAAGUUUUCUGUUAAUCAGUUGGAUAGUGACCACUGGGCACCAAUCCAUUAUGCAUGCUGGUAUGGAAAAGUUGAAGCCACUCGAAUGCUGCUGGAGAAAGGGAAAUGCAAUCCAAAUCUUUUGAAUGGUCAACUUAGCUCUCCUCUUCAUUUUGCUGCUGGAGGUGGGCAUGCUGAAAUAGUACAAAUUCUACUAAACCAUCCUGAAAUUGACAGACACAUUACUGAUCAACAGGGAAGAUCUCCGCUGAAUGUCUGUGAAGAGAACAAACAAAAUGAGUGGGAAGAAGCUGCAAAACUACUGAAGGAAGCCAUAAAUAAACCUUAUGAAAAGGCACGGAUUUAUCGUAUGGACGGGUCAUACCGCUCAGUGGAGCUGAAACACGGAAACAACACAACUGUCCAGCAGAUCAUGGAGGGCAUGCGCCUGUCUCAAGAAACUCAGCAGUACUUCACUAUCUGGAUCUGUUCUGAGAACCUCAGUCUCCAGCUGAAGCCAUAUCACAAGCCUUUGCAGCAUAUUCGAGACUGGCCUGAAAUAUUCACUGAACUGACAAACUUGGAUCCUCAAAGGGAAACUUCACAGCUUUUCCUGAGAAGGGAUGUGAGACUUCCACUGGAAAUAGAAAAAAAGAUUGAGGAUCCCUUGGCUAUUCUUAUACUUUUUGAUGAGGCCAGAUAUAAUUUACUGAAAGGUUUUUAUACAUCACCUGAUGCAAAGCUGAUUACACUGGCAAGUCUUCUUCUACAAAUAGUCUAUGGAAAUUAUGAGAGCAAGAAACAUAAACAGGGCUUUCUAAAUGAAGAAAAUCUUAAAUCUAUCGUACCAAUAACUAAACUAAAAAGCAAAGCUCCUCAUUGGACAAACAGGAUACUUCAUGAAUACAAGAAUCUCAGCACCAGUGAAGGUGUCAGUAAGGAGAUGCAUCACCUUCAGCGCAUGUUCUUGCAGAAUUGCUGGGAAAUUCCUACUUAUGGAGCAGCUUUUUUCACAGGACAGAUAUUCACCAAAGCAAGUUCAAGUAGCCAUAAAGUCAUCAAAGUGUAUGUAGGAGUAAACGUAAAAGGGCUGCACCUCCUCAACAUGGAAACAAAGGCUUUACUCCUCAGCCUAAAGUACGGUUGCUUUAUGUGGCAGUUGGGAGAUGGAGAUACGUGUUUUCAAAUCCACAGUCUGGAAAACAAAAUGAGCUUUAUUGUACAUACCAAGCAGGCAGGACUCGUUGUAAAACUCCUGAUGAAAUUAAAUGGCCAGCUAAUGCCAACUGAAAGAAACGAGUGAUGGAAAUGAACAAUAGUUAUGAGAUGGCAUCUGAUGGCUGAGCAAAAAACAACUUGUUCCUCCUCGUAACAGGACUUCCAUGUAUAUGAAUUUUACACAAUAGAAAAGUCAAUUUGUACAGUUUUUUUAACUUUGUACAGAAGCUGCAUGGUUUAUUUUUUUAAAAAAAACUAUACAACAUAUCUAUUAUUUUUAUAAGUAUUUUUGUGUUUCAUAUAUUAACUAUUGUAGGGCUUGAGCUUAACCAAUAAAGCUGAUGAAAUCUAAAUGGUUUACCGAGUUCGACGAGCAUGAAUCCAGUAAAGCUGUUGUUCCCAGAGAAAUAUGGGACUACCAGUGCCAUUAAGCAAGUCUCAGUUAACCUAUUUACCUUUCGUGUCAUUGGUGGAACAUCAAGGAGGUGGUAUAUGUUGCAGUAUUUUGUAGACACCCUGUAUUUUUAAGAUACUAUUGAUAAAUAUGCUUAAAAGACCAGUUAGACCUUUGAGCAACUACUUUUGAUAAACUCUUGUUUUUUAUUUGGUUUCUGACAAACAUUUUAGCUUGCUUUAUUUUUACUCUUAACUUUCUCAUACUUUGUAUUCAUAUUUAUUCUAAAGUACUGCAUGAGGAUGCCAAAAGGGAAAUACUUUAAAUCAUUCAGAAGCCAUAUUGAAUGUUUAGCAUGCUUGUUUUGUAAAAUGAAUUUUUACUUUUGCUGUGCAAUAUAAAGUGUAUGUAUGGAGGAGAGGGAGACAGGGAUUUACAGAUGAACCUUACUCAGAGGACUUCAGAAAGUUUUAAAAAUCCUACCCUGGAUUGCAACACAUAUGCAGUAACAAAAGCUCAUACAGGAGGUACUAAGUUAUUUCUCUUAAAUUAAUUUUCUUACUGAUCAAUUCAGUUUCUUCAGGCUAAAAGCAGUGCAGGAUGAAGGAAUGAAGAUGACAAGGACAUCAGAAACAGUUUGUAAGCAUUCUGCCUGCUCUUUGUAGAGUCAGGGUUGGGGCUCCACAAGUUGGGUCCCAAGUAUAAGGUGGGAUUCUAUGCAGUCUGAAACAUAUCCUUGUACAUUAAAAUAGAAUCUGUAACACAAAUCUUUGAAGUUUCUGGUUGUAUUUCAGGGUUUUAAGUGCACUUGACUAUUUCUUCCGUGUAAACUGCAUGCUAGAACAGUGUGCAAUAUUUUGUAAAAAAAAAAGCUUUUAUAAAAAAAUAAAAAUUAGCACUUGCCUCUAAGUUUUCAAAUAAAAGCUAAAAUGAAUGUGAAGAACUGUGCUGUUGUAUAGUAACUUUACUCAUACCUUACUAGUAACUGCAGUUUGAGAAAUUAAAGUAGUAAGCUGUUAAAAACAUGAACAGGAGACUUGUAUUUUGUAUUCUUCUUAGCAAGCUGUAAUUUUCUACUUAAACUUCACAGGCCUAAAUAACAGUAAAUUUUCAUGGAUUUGUUAUGCUUUAUUUAAGGUAAAUAAUGCAACAGUCAGCUCCAUCAUCGUGCAUCCCUGCUAUCACUUGGCACUGGUAUCAGAAAUCCAUUUCUCUACCUAGCACUUUCUUAGAAAACUAGAGGAAAAUGUUAGGAAGGUGUGUCAGUUGCCUAUACAACUAUACUAUCAAUAUGCCUUAUUGCUGUAUAGUCCUUUCUGCUAAAUUCUUAUUUAUUACUACCUAAUAAAUUGUUUGAAACAAGUCA